AUGCGCUGGACAAUUGUUAUCGUCGCAAUAUUCGCACUUGUUACCAUGGUUACCUCUAAUGUCGUAUACGAUAAUAAUGGCAUGGAAGAGAUGAAUUCAAUGGGAGCCAAUGUGUUUCUAGGUGUGGAACACAAUCAAAUGGAUGCUGGAUUUGAUUCAACAAUGCACAAACGUAAUUGGCGUGAAGAAGAAAGACGUCGAAGACGUCGUCAUGAAGAAUGCCGUCGUCAUCGUCGUUGUUAG